CAGCAGCUUGCGGCAGGACUAACCUUCACACCAGGUGCUAUUCUUCCGCGUCUACUAGUAGUUUACACAGCAGAGCCGCCGUCACCCUUACCCUGGCAUCGCAUACACAGUAGACCCGGAGCAGACCAAGUCGCAAUCUGCACUCCCCAAGAAGAGAAAUCGCCGACAUGGACAUCCGCCUCCUCCGCUCGUCCGACAUCCCGCUAAUCCAGCACGCGAACCUCGAGAACCUGCCCGAAAACUACUUCCUCAAGUACUACCUGUACCACGCGCUCUCGUGGCCGCAGCUUUCCUACGUCGCCGUCGAUGUCUCGCGCCCGCCCAAGACACCCUACGACUAUCCCAAGAUCGUCGGCUAUGUCCUCGCUAAGAUGGAGGAGGAGCCGGCGGACGGCGUCCAGCACGGCCACAUCACGUCGCUGUCGGUGAUGCGCACACACCGGCGAUUGGGCAUUGCCGAGAAGUUGAUGCGCCAGAGCCAACUAGCCAUGGUCGAAACAUUCGGGGCGCACUACGUGUCGCUGCACGUGCGCGUUUCCAACAAGGCGGCCAUCCACCUGUACCGCGACACGCUCGGCUUCAAGACGGAGAAGACCGAGUCCAAGUACUACGCCGACGGCGAGGACGCCUACUGCAUGAAGCUCGACCUGGGCUUCAUCCGGGAGCAGCUGCGCGCCGAGAGCGAUGACGAGGAUGAGGGCGAGAAGAAGGAGAAGGCCGGCGCCGAGAACGGGGAAGGGGAGAAGAAGAAGAAAAAGAAGCAGGAUAAUGCUGAGGCUGUUGAUGAGGGCGAGCCGGUGGGUGACGUGGGGAGGGAUCCGGCCAAGGCGGAGAGUAAGAAGGGCGAGCAGAAGAUCAAGGUCAAGGUAGGGAGGGCGCUUGGGGUCGGGGAGUUGAUAGAAAAGGUCGAAAGUAAACAUAGCUAAGGGCUGUAUAUAGCGUCGGGCGGAAAAAGAACGAUCGAUAUGUCUAAAUCCUAUCUCAAGCACCGCUAAUGUUUGCGCUGAUGGUCAAAAAAAGGGGGGGCACUGGAGGUUACCAUGUUUGGAAGGAUAGCGAGUUGGAGAGCUGCAAUAGAUCUCGGUCCUCGGGGCGUUACACUCAGCAACGAUACAUAUCUUCCGAAAGGAGAUGGAGAG